AUGAAACCUUAACCAACAGUUUUUAAGGCUCAAAAGUAGAGACAAUUAACUAUAACACCAAGUAGCAAUACAUAUUUUCUUAAUUCAUAAAGAAAAAUAAAGUAGAUAAUAAAAUUAUUUUAAGCUUCUUCACAACAAGCAGUCUUUAAUCAUUUUCUUAUAUUCAUACUAGCUAAGUUUUAAAUUAAACUCCAAAUAUAAAUGAAUUAAAACAAAUAAAAAAAGAACAUAAUCAAAUUGAAACCAUACCUCCUUCUUUCAUGGAGCUUUAUGAUGAAUUUGAGAAUAAUUACAAAAUUGUUUAGAAAAUUAAAACCGAUCUGAAUAUUUCAAUAGACUUAAAGUAGGAUGAUAAAUAAGAAUAGACUUAGGUCAUAUCAUAAAAUUUUAUAAAGAAUCCUUCUUAAGCAGAAACUAAAAUUGCAAAUUUAUAGUUUUGUGAUAUUGAUUAAGAGUUGAAUUAGAGAUUACAUAUAAAUCGAUUUAAAUUUUAUUAUUUUCGAGCUUCCAUAUCGAAAUAAUAAUCUCCUCUAUUACUAACAAUUUAAUUUGAAAAUCAAAUAAGCUCUGCAUAAUAUAAAUUAUAUCUUUCUACUUAGCAUGAAUUUCCUACUAAAUUUAAUGCAGAGCAUAAUCUCACUUCAAAUUGUUGUAAAAUCUAUACAAAUGGUCAUGAUAAUAUAUUUUAAGAAAGUUAUCUUUAUAUAACUUAUUACUCAGAAAUUGAUGUUAUUUUAAAAAUAAAAAUAGUAUUUGGUAGGGUUUAAGUUAGUAAAUCACCUAAAAAAUAAAUAAUAAAGAAGGAAUAUCCAAAAUUCCCUGGUUUAAUUGUAAAUACUAAAAUGGAUUUAAUAAAAAGAAACCUUGAUACAAGUUAAUUUUAAUUGACAAGAAAAACCGAUUUAUUAGCUGGAUUACUUGUAUAUAUAUAAAUAAAAUAUAAAAUAGAGUGAAAGAGAAUAGAAAAGAAAAUAAGUUCAUUUAAAAAAAUAAGAGAUAGAUUGUGAAUAAAAAAUUAAAUUAAAAACUUAAUACAGUGUAUAAAUGAUGAGAAACGAUUAUAGAUUAUUUGAAAAAGUUUAUAAAUUAAAACUAAAUAAAAAAAUUCAGGUAGAAUUGUUUUGGGCUUAACUUUGUAAUUUAAUUAAAUUCAUAGCAUAGCUAAAAGUUAAAUUAAUAGUAAAAAAUUAUAAUAUGAUUAGUAAUUUAAAGGGAAGAUGAGUAUUAAAGCUAAUGGUAGAAUUAAAGCUCUAAGAUGUGGCUUAAAUUUAUUAAUUAAUAUUAAGAAGUUUGGACCAACACCAGAGAGAAGAUCAUUUUGUAAAAGUUUAUUAGCAAUAAAAAUGUUUACUACUUAAAUUCUAUUUUUAAGGAAAAAGAAAGCUUAAACAAUUGCAACUUCAUUUAUUAAAGAAUGCAUUUCUAUUAUACAUUUAGGGCAUAGAUUACUAAAGACUAGACAUUAUGGUAAUAAUAUAAAUAUAUGUUUACUUAGUAAUAAUUUUGUAAAAUAAAUUCAGAUUCUUUUAAAGAUAAAAGAAAAGGUAUUAUGAAGAAUUUUGGCAAUUAGUGAUAAAAAAUUAUAAAGAAAUUAUAAGGAGUUUAACUUUAACUCAAAAUAAUCAAAAAAAUAGAAAUAGAUGUUAAAAAUAGAUAUAUGCAUUUUAAAUAGAUAAUCAAAUAAUGCAAUUCUAAAUUGAAAAUUAUUAUUAAAGAUAAAAAUAGAUAUGGUUAGCAUUUAUACGCUAAAAGAUUGUAGAUAAAUAACUAAAUGUUUAUUUAUAUGAUAGAAAAAGUGAUGAUAUUAGAAAAGCUUUGAUAAAGUUUUAAGAGCCUAAACUGUUCUAACUUCCACAAAUUAAUGAAGUAGCUGAAAUAAUUGAGCUCUAUGCAAAAAAUAAAAAAAUGAUUUGA